AUGCGCGAUUUCAUCGUCGUACGUUGUCAGAAGCGAACACUGCUCAACUUCUAUACAUUACGGCUCCACUGUAGCCCAGACCACACCCUGCUUUAUGGCAGCGUUUUGAUCACCGCCCAGCCACCUGGGCCCCACUCAGCAUCAGGGUACGCUGCAUACCAACCCCACUCCAGCCAGGACUAUUGCUACAACAGCCGGCCCACGACUGCGCCCCUUUACCAGAAGCGUUCAGGCUUAGGACCCGGUACUCCAGUGUUCCCUCAUGAACACAACCCAGGGCUCAGUGAACGUGGACGGGGCCUGGGCGAGUGGACGUGUGCGGAGCAGGGCUCAGUGAACGUGGAUGGGGCCUGGGUGAGUGGACGUGUGCACAGGCUCAGUGAACGUGGACGGGGCCUGGGCGAGUGGACGUGUGCUGAGCAGGGCUCAGUGAACGUGGACGGGGCCUGGGACCUUUAUAGCUACGGGCAGUCGACUGUGGCCAGUGACUAUGAGAACGAGCAGUCACAAUACAGUGCCACCAACUCCAUCUACCAGUCAGGUACCAAAGAAAGCUACAGCCAGGCCAGUGGGGGCUACAGUCAAACCCAGCCUGGGGGGUCGCCUGUGGGCACCUCAGUGUCUAACUGCAUCUACCCAUUGGAGACCACCGCCCUACCUGCUGCCUCAGUGCCCACCAUGCCAGCAUACACCCUGACCUCAUACAACCCCCCUGCUGUCUCCUAUGCAGGACCGGAGUACCCAGCAUGUGAUGGGUCGACGUCUUCAGCCACUGGGCUGCAUUAUCCUCUGCCGCUGCGGGGACCCACUCCACCUCAGCUGCCACCACCCCCACCGCCUCCCCCACCCCCGAAGCCAGCCAACUCAUCCUUGUGGGGCACCCCCGGGAACAGCCCCAGUUCCAGGUUCAGUCCUGCCGGGAGCUUCAGCAGGCCGCCAAAAACCAUCCACUACUGUGAGAUCUGCAAGAUCAGCUGCUCUGGUCCCCAGACCUACCGGGAGCACCUGAGAGGACAGAUGCACAGGAAGAAGAAAGUGGCUCAGAGCACAUGGAGCGAGUCGGACGGCAGCCCACGCGGCGUGCAGGCGAUCCUGCGUUGUGAACUCUGUGACGUGUCCUGCACUGGGGCUGACGCUUAUGCUGCCCACAUCCGGGGGUCCAAGCACCAGAAGGUCUUCAAGCUGCACACCAAGCUGGGGAUACCCAUCCCCUGCGCAGAGCCCGUGCCAGCCAGUCCCAGCCCGGCCCAAGUACCCCGUGCCAGCCAGCCAGCAGUCCCUACUCCCAUGAGCUCCCCCAGCCCCAGUGUCUCACCCAGCAGACUGGCACCCAAGAGACCGACGGCCUCAAAGGCCACCUGCACAGGACCACCCCAGCUGCAGGGCACCCGAAGCCGGCCCGAGGAGGGGAUGCCGGGCCCACCCAAGGCAGAGGGCCCGGGCCACGUCAGCCCCCGGGAGCCCUCCGGGGACUGGCAUGAUGCAGAGCCGGUGGGUCUUGACUACGUGGAAGAGGUGCAUAAUGAGGAAGGGAAGACAGUCCGCUUCCACUGCAAACUGUGUGAGUGUCGCUUCAACGACUCCAAUGCCAAGGACAUGCACGUGCGGGGGCGGCGGCACCGGCUGCAGUACAAGAAAAAAGUGAACCCUGACCUCCCCAUUGUGGCAAAGUCCGGCACUCGGGUCCACAGGCUGCUGGAGGACAAGAUGCGGAAGCAGAGGCAGAAAGAGCUGGCGCGGCGGCACAAGGAGGUCCAGCGCUGGCUCGCAGAGAUGAGACCAGAUCCCAUGCUGCUGGUUGGAAAGCCCAACAUGUCUCCUAGCGCCAGCCACGUGGGUGCCCACGUAGGUUGCUGUCGGCCUGCCAUCGAGUCCAUUCAAGACACUAUCAGGAAGGGUGCUGGCGGCAGCGUGGGGCGGGGUGGCCAUUCCCGGAUGAGCACCUGCGCUGGACCACACCCACCUAUGGGCCGGCCCGGGGUGCCCGCCACGCCCCUCCUGGUGGGUCUGCGUCCCCCGCAACAUGAGGGCCCCCCUGUGGCCCUGACGCCUCUGUCCCAUGACCUGGAUUCAAGACCUCCCCCACAGCUCACGCAGCGGCCUGAGACCAGCGAGGACCGGCAGGUCAUGUGGAAGCACAGUACCAUCUACCCCAUGGAGGAUGAGCUGAUGGCUGUGCAGAGGGUCAUCUCUCACUCGGAGCGCGCCCUCAAGUUGGUGUCUGACUCUCUGGCCCAGGAGCAGGCGGCCAGCACAGAGGACAAGGGCAGUGAGUGCAGCAGCGCAGCCCCUACCACGCGGGUCCUGAAAGGUGUGAUGCGUGUGGGCCUCCUGGCGAAAGGCCUCCUCCUUCGGGGCGACAGGCACGUGCACCUGGCCCUGCUCUGCUCUGAGAAGCCCACACACACCCUGCUGCGUAAGAUCUCCGAACAGCUGCCCAGGCAGCUCCUGUGUGGAAGGAGCCUGCUCUGUCCCCAGGGAGCGGGAGGUGCCCGGGCAGCCGGUGCCCGCGUGGCCCUGCACGAAGAGGCCUGCAUACAUACAUCCUCUCAGGAACCGACUCUCAUGUUUCUUCCAGAAGCGGAGACAGUGAGGCCCGACCCAGUGGACACUCUGAGUCCAGCACGCUGCCUGGAGUCACUGGCUGCCCUCCGCCAUGCCAAGUGGUUCCAGGCACAUGCCACCAGCCUGCAAUCAUGCGUGGUGGUCAUCAGAGUGCUCCGGGACCUAUGCCAGCGCGUGCCCACCUGGGGGGCCCUGCCAGACUGGGCAAUGGAGCUGCUGGUGGAGAAGGCACUGAGCAGCGCCGCAGGACCCUUGGGCCCAGGGGACGCUGUGAGGAGGGUCCUGGAGUGUGUGGCCACAGGGACGCUGCUCACAGGUGGGCCCGGGCUGCAGGACCCCUGUGAGCGCGACCCUACGGAUGUUCUGGACUCGAUGACAACUCAGGAGCGAGAGGAUAUCACAGCCAGUGCCCAGCACGCACUCCGCCUGUUAGCCUUCCGGCAGAUCCACAAGAUCCUGGGAACGGAUCCUCUGCCACCACACAGCAGGCCCAGGGCCCACUUCCGGAAGAGGCUGCGGGAGGUGGGCCAUGCUGAGGAGGGUGAGGGCGAGAGGAAGCAGGUCCGGAGAGGCGAAGAGGAGCCUGCCUGA